AUGGAGGAAGAACAUGCUUUGAAUGUUAACGAUGAAAGUGAGAUCUGGCUUCAAGACGCGCAAGACGAGCUUCUUGGUGUGAACGAAGCAUCCAUGUUCUAUGCUGAUUUACCUCCUCUCCCAGAUUUUCCAUGCAUGUCUUCCUCUUCGUCGUCUUCCUCAACUCCAACACUUCAAGUCAGGACCGCCACGUGCUCCACCACAUCUUCAUCCUCCACUGCUACCUCAUCAUCGGCCUCUGCCGUGUCUUGGGCAGUUCUCAAGUCCGAUGCCGAGGAUAAUCUUCUGGUGGAGGAUGCGGUGGCUCCGCUGCCACUGGCAACCUUGUCCUCCACCGCUUCCAGGGAGCUCAUGCCCCCGCCGGUCAAUUGUGAUGGCGAGAUGGAGGAGCCUUUUCCGUGCCUGGACAUGCUAGAGAUCAACGAUUUCUUCGACCCGUUAUUGGUUUUUCAAGAUGAUGAUUGCCAGUUAGAAGAAUAUCCCCAGAAUCAGAUAGAGCGGCGGCAGGAGCAACUUGUAAUUACGAUGCAGCAGCAACCAGAGGAUCAAGAUCAACAUGCGCUGUCUAAUGGUAAUGACUGUGAAGAAGAGAUUCAAGGAAAGGGAGGAAACCCGGAUGGGGAAAUGAGCGACGUGUUCUUGGAGUGGCUCAAGACGAACAAGGAUAGCGUCUCUGCGAAUGACUUGAGGAGCGUAAAGCUCAAAAAAUCAACCAUAGAGUGUGCUGCCAAGCGUUUAGGAGGAGGAAAAGAAGCCAUGAAGCAAUUGUUGAAGCUUAUUCUUGAAUGGGUUCAAACUAGCCAUCUCCAAAACAAAAGGCGCUGUGCCAAGGAGAAUAUUAUCAAUACUAAUGAUAGUGCGCCUUCAUAUUUUCUCACUACAAACCCUAGCUCUAAUUCCAACCCAAAUUUAUUUGGAAUACCCCAGUCAUGUCAAUGGGUUUCUCCUCUGCAGCCUUAUGCGACAGAUCCGGCCACUAUGGUGGCCGUGCCGCCACCUUCUUAUCAAUCGAUUGGGUAUCCGGGCGACCCUUGUUCAAAUGGAGCAUUGAACAAUAUCAAUUCUCACCAACCUGCUAGUACUGAACAUAACAUGAUGGAAACGGCUCAUUCAUGGCCUCCCUCCCAGUUCACGGUUGCUCCCCACUGCAACCAGUCGUAUGGGGUCAAUAAUCUUCACCAAGCUGGUUCACCACCCUUACAGGCGGGGUUUGGCGGCUAUGGCAAUCAGUAUUCAUAUCACUAUUUUCAUGGCGUGGCGGCGGGUGAUAAGAUGAUGAGGUUAGGUCCCUCGGCGACAAAAGAGGCAAGGAAGAAGAGGAUGGCGAGGCAGAGAAGGUAUUUGUCUCAUCAUAGGAACCAGACACACCAGGGCCAACUACAGAAUCGUGAUAAUAAUGAGCCAAUUGCAAGAUUGGGAAGUGAUUAUAAUUGCACCGGAGCUUCCGCAAAUACGGCGAAUUGGGUUUACUGGGGGUCACUGGCUGGAGGGGCAGCUUCCCUGGGACCAGUCAUUCCAGCUGAAACCCCGCAGGUUUUGGAUCGGACCGCCAUGGAAACACAGAAUUAUCAAACUACAGUCCCAUCAACAGAUCAAAGGCGCCAGGGAUUGAAGACAGAGAAGAACUUGAAGUUCCUUCUUCAGAAGGUGUUGAAGCAAAGCGACGUUGGUAGCUUGGGGAGAAUUGUGUUGCCAAAAAAAGAGGCUGAAGCCCACUUGCCAGAAUUAGAGGCAAGAGAUGGCAUUUCUAUAGCAAUGGAAGACGUUGGAACCUCUCGUGUUUGGAACAUGCGCUAUAGAUACUGGCCAAACAACAAAAGCAGGAUGUAUCUGCUCGAGAAUACUGGAGAUUUCGUGAAAGCCAACGGACUCCAAGAGGGAGACUUCAUAGUGUUGUACUCAGACGUCAAGUGUGGCAAAUUUUUGAUAAGAGGAGUGAAAGUAAGGGAAGUAGCGGGUGGGGCAAAGACAGAUCAGAGCAAGAAAGCCGGAAAAACGCAGAAAGCAGCUGCUAUUGCUAAUAAUGAGUCGCCCUCUACAGUGUCACCAGCUCAGAAAAAAAGUAGAAAAUGAUGUGCUUUUGAUCGCAGACUUUAGAGACCAAGGACAUCUUUAUGCGUAGGAAAAAUGGACGGCGGAGGUUGUCUCUCGUCUCUGCUCAACCUUCUCACUGCCAUUGCAUAGGGUAGUGUGACGAACAAUUGGGCCUUGUAAGA